GGAGCCCUUUCUGCACCCUGAACUCACUUCUGGCCCUAUCCUGGAGCCCACACCCCCAACCAGAGCCCUCACCCCCUCCUGCAUCCCAACCCCAAUUUUGUGACCAUUCAUGACCCACCGUACAAUUCCCAGAUGUGGCCCUCGGGCCAAAAAGUUUGCCCACCCCUGCUCUAGGUAGAGAGAAUUAAGACUGAGAGUAAAUACUAUUGCUGCUUGCAACAGCACCCUUGAAGAAGAAACCACAUCACUAAUAACAAUACAACAUGGCACUUUGUGGAAGACUCUAUACUGCUCACUAAGAAGAACGUAUAAGGCUAUAGGUAACUCCAGCAUGGUGUUCGGAAACAACUGCCAGAAUGCGUGCAGCCCACCUCUCCCAAUCGUAUUGCUCUAGAAGCGAGAGGCUCCAGCUCCAUUGCACUAAGCCCAGUAUGAAGACAGAGUGAGGGGCAGUCCCUGCUCCAAAGAGUUUACAUUCUCUAUAGACAAGACAGACAAUGGGGGGAAAGGGCAGUGGCUUGCAGAGGAGUGUCGAAGAACCCAGGUCCUCUGAGUCUCACUACAGGACCUUAACUACUGGAAAACAUGCCCACCCACCCCUCUAACUCUACCCCCCCACCCCAUCCUGCAAAGGAGUGUAACUACAUUUGGGUUAUAUAUUCAGUUUCCCACCAACUACCCCAGAGGCAUCUGUUCCUUAGCAUCUCACUUGUACGGUGUGAUGCCAUCACAAGUCCCAAGGGCAGAGGAGGGAGUCUGCUGGGGCAGCAGGCUGACCUGAGGCAACAACUCGCUGCACCAAACCCUUGGGUGCCCUUUCAGCCCCUACAAAGAAGUGCAAGACAAGAACUUUGUAAAAAAGGGGGAAAUCACCCACCCCUAGAGAAACCUUCUGAAAAUGAGACAAGCCCCCUAUUCAGCAGUGUCGACCGAAGGCUGCAGCCAGGGAGACUUAGAUGGAAAAAUUGGACCCAGCCCAGAUAAGGUAGUUUAAAAGAUCACUGUAGUUUUGAAGGUGACAAAAGCAGGUUAAAGUCCCAUUGCAACCAAGGAGGUGUCAGCUGAGUCCAUGAAGCGGGGUUGCAUCCACCCAGAGAAACACUGCAAAAAGAAUCAUUUGUAGCACCCCAUCCAGUGUUCCCAACCCCGUGUGCUGCAGGCCCCAUUGCUAAAAAGGACAAGUGCCCUGGCCCAUGCAAUGGAAGGGUUUGCCACAGGGUGACAGGCCCUUAAGGAGAAUGGGUCCAGCCCCUGCUGGGAGGUGCUUCAUAGGCCUCUCCAGGUGGAGAAAAUGAGCAAUGUUGCAUGACUGAGUCACAGGACCUGCCCAUCAGGCCUCGGGGGUGUAAAUGAAAGGAAGCCCAGGGAGUUGCUGGGUGUGAUUCAAAGGAACAGGUCAGUUGCUUGAGAUGCUCUGCUCAUACAAGCCCGCUGUAGCUCCUAGAUAGAGGGCCGUGGUUCACAGCCCGCUGCAGGGAGCAGGCGCUAGCUAGGAAGGCUGGAGCAUGGAGGAUAAGUCUGCUAGAGGAAACUCAGCAGGCCAGGGCAUCAGAACCCUGCACUAAGGGCAUGCACCAGUUAGGAAGGCUGGGUGGGAGUUCUUAUUUCCUGGUGAACUUUGUUAAUAAGCCCAUAUCCCAAGGAGUGCUGCUGCUUGACCCAUGAUCAUCCAUUUCAAAUUUACUAGGCAGUCUAAGGCAUGAAAGCAGCAGCUAGCCCCAGCCAGGCCAGGUUCUUGGAUCAAACCAAAGGGCUGCAGCUGGGGACUCUUCCUCAAGGCCUCCAUUUCAAAUAGGCCUCAGGCCUUUGUUUACUCUGUAUAUUAUUUAAACCUUUAUUUAGGUAGGGCCAUAUAUGAGAGAUGCUUAAUCACUGGCUGUGACAUGAAUGGGACAGGCCUCUGUUCCACACCUGCUUAGCAUUCUGAGAGACCUGCUGCUACGGAAACCCAUUGCACCUGGGGAUCCCCACGGGACUGAGAGAUGUUUAUGAACCAUGUUCUUCAUGUCACGAAACCUCAUGUGCUAAUUCAUAUUAAUGAACCCUGGAACACCACUCCUCUGACUUUCUGGUACUGUAGGAUGGAAGUACCUGUUUCUUCUGCUGCGGAAAGCCCCAGCAGUUCUUUGGAGAUGGUGUCUUGACUAUCUGCAAAGCCACAUCCAUUGUAUUUCUUAGGAAGAGGCCUUUCUUUUUUCAAGACCACUAACAGUGUGGCCUCUUGUGCCAGCUGAGAGGAUCUGCAGCCUACAACCCAUGCCAUCCUAGCUGAAUCAAGGCUGUUGGUAAGUGCCCUGGGUGGGAGUCUCUGGAUAUUGACUCUGAGUGGACCGCACCAUGGGAGAGAGGAAGGUGCCACCAAGUCUCAUCGCUUGCUUUAGCUGAGUAGAAACGGUGAUUACUUCAUUACACUUGUUGGGUUUUUUUGGGUGUGGGAAGGGUAAAAUUUUAAAAUAAAAUCCUUUUGUUUCCCAAGAAUACAACAAUAGAAAGGCCGUGUCAAUCACAUAGAAACCCUGUUUGUGAUGGAAAAUUCACCUCACUUCCCACCAUUAGAUGGCAGUGUGGUAAAGGCUGGGUGACAGACCCUUUGGGGCACAGUGUGAGACAUCCCCUAUGUGACCAAUUACAGGCUGUUCCAUAAGCUGUGUUAUUAGUCUGGUGACAAACACCUGCGAUUGCUGAUUGAGUUCUGUGUUAGCGACCCCUCAGCCUGGCAUCCCCAGGGGAGCUGUGAAUGGGUGAACUAGAAGCCAAGCUUCAUCGUUACCACCCCUAGCGGUCCUCUCUUAUCAGUUCGACAGCCAGUCCCUCAACAGAGCAGUGCUGUAUUUCCUCCUGGACCUGUCUGCCAGAGCCAUGUGAUUCAUCUGUCGCUCUCUGAAGCUAGCUGCCUCUUUGUCACUUGGUCCAUGCCCAGGUGUCUGUCUUUGCUUCUCUUAGUUAAAAGAGGUGUUCACAGAAAGUCUCCACGCUGACGUUGAUUUCCAUAGCCAUCUGGUGAGAGGCUAUUCUAUGACCCCACCCACUCUCAGCAUUACCGAGGAGGAACACACCAUAAACUCCAAGGAUACCCUGACUAUUACCUGCAGAGGGCAGCACCCCCUGGAGUGGUCGUGGCCUGGGGGCCUGGUGGACCCUGACCAGGGCGAGAAGGAGAACGAGACAGUGGUAUUGGUGAACCUCAGUGGCGGCCGGACCAUCAGGGAGGAGGACUGCGAGGGCACCGAGACAAAGCCCUACUGCAAGGUCUUAGUGCUGGCCGGGACCCAGGCUAACGACACAGGCUACUACCGGUGCUACUACAAGUACAUCAGCGCCAAAAUCGAGGGCACCACUGCGAUCAGCAUCUAUGUGUUUGUGAGAGAUUUUGAGCAACCAUUUAUCAACAGACCCGAAACACUCCUCAUCAACAAGAAAGAGAACACCUGGGUGCCCUGCUUGGUAUCCAUCCCAGAUCUUAACAUCACCCUGUUCUUGCCAAGCUCCAUUAUCUACCCAGACGGGAGAAGAAUUCUCUGGGACAACAAGAAGGGGAUGCUGGUCCCCACCCACCUGAUCAGAGACUCCUUGUUUGUCCAGUGCGAAACCAUCAUUGACAAGAAACUCUUCAGGUCCAAUUAUUUCAUUGUGCACGUCACAGGGAAUGAGCUGUAUGACAUCCAGUUGUUUCCUAAGAAGGCAAUGGAGCUACUAGUGGGAGAAAAGCUGGUCCUCAACUGCACAGUGUGGGCUGAGUUUAACGCUGGAGUAAACUUCCAGUGGGAUUAUCCUGGAAAACAGGCGCACCGGGCUGUCACUGAGCUGCCCGAGAGGCGCUCCCAGCAGACCCACACUGAGCUCUCCAGCAUCCUGAUCAUCCAAAACGUGAGCCAGCAGGACCUGGGGAAAUACGUGUGCAUGGCCAGCAAUGGGGAGCAGACGUUCGAGGAGAGCAUCGAUGUCAUUGUGCACGAGAAGCCCUUCAUCAACGUGGAGUGGAGGAAGGGCCCAGUGAUAGAAGCCACAGCGGGAGACGAAGUCGUGAAACUGCCAGUGAAGGUGGUCGCCUAUCCCCCGCCAGAGUUCCAGUGGUACAAGGACGGCAAGUUAAUUCCCAACAAGCAAUCUCCCUAUUCGAUGCAGAUCAAAGACGUGUCAGAACAGAACUCCGGGACUUACACCUUAGUUUUAUGGAACAGGCUGGCUGGGCUGGAGGAGCGCAUUAGCCUCCAGUUAAUAGUCAAUGUUCCUCCGCACAUUCACGAGAAGGAAGCCUCUUCCCCGAGCAUCUAUUCCCGUAGGAGCCACCAGGCCCUCACCUGCACGGUCUAUGGCAUCCCAGCACCAGAAGUGAUCCAGUGGCAGUGGAGGCCGUGGAGCCCUUGCCGGAUGUUCUCACGACGUAGCCUUAGCAAGCAUCGGGCAGCAAGGCGCCAUCAGCGGGACCGGAUGCCCGAGUGCAAAGACUGGAAGGACGUGUCCCCGCAGGAUGCCGAGAACCCCAUCGAGAGCAUCGACACCUGGACAGAGUCUGUGGAAGGAAGAAAUAAGACCGUCAGCAAACUGGUGAUCCAGGAAGCCAAUGUUUCCGUCAUGUACAAGUGCGUUGCCUCCAACAAAGUGGGUAGAGAUGAACGUCUGAUCUACUUCUAUGUGACCACCAUUCCGGAUGGAUUUGAGAUUGAAUCCCAUCCCUCAGAGGAGCCCAUUGAGGGACAGGACCUGAGGCUGAGCUGCAAUGCAGAUAACUACACCUAUGAGAACCUGCAGUGGUACCGUCUGAACCUCUCGAAGCUGCACCACGAGGAAGGCAACCCACUCGUUCUGGACUGCAAGAAUGUCCACCACUACGCAACCAAGAUGCAAGGGGAGCUGCGCUUCAAACCCGACUCCAACGACGCUGCCCUGCUGCUCACCAUCCCAAACAUCUCCCUGGGGGAGGAGGGAGACUAUGUGUGUGAGGUGCAGAACCGAAAGACCAGAGAGAAACACUGCCACAAAAAAUACAUCUCUGUACAGGCCCUCGAGGUCCCCAGACUGAAGCAGAACCUGACAGACAUAUGGGUGAACGUCAGCGACUCGAUAGAGAUGCGUUGUAAGGUGGAUGGCGCUCACAUUCCUGACAUCAGCUGGUAUAAAGACGAGAAGCUGGUGGAAGAGGUUUCAGGGAUUGACCUGGCGGAUUCGAACCAGAGGCUGAGCAUCCAGAGGGUGAGAGAAGAGGAUGCUGGGCUCUACCUGUGCAGCGUCUGCAACGCCAAGGGCUGCGUGAACUCCUCAGCCAGCGUCUCUGUGGAAGGCUCCGAUGACCGGACCAACGUGGAGAUCGUGAUCCUCAUUGGGACCGGGGUCAUCGCUGUCUUCUUCUGGAUCCUCCUCAUCCUCAUCUUCUGCAACAUCAAAAGGCCUGCCCAUGCUGACAUCAAAACCGGUUACCUGUCCAUCAUCAUGGACCCCGGAGAGGUUCCCCUGGAGGAGCAGUGCGAAUACCUGCCCUAUGACUCCAGCAAGUGGGAAUUCCCACGGGAGCGACUCCGGCUAGGUAAAGUCCUGGGCCAUGGCGCUUUCGGGAAGGUGGUGGAAGCCUCUGCCUUUGGGAUUAAUAAGAGUAACAGCUGUGAAACUGUGGCAGUUAAAAUGCUGAAAGAGGGAGCUACUGCAAGUGAGCACAAGGCGCUGAUGUCAGAGCUGAAGAUCCUUAUUCACAUUGGAAAUCAUCUCAAUGUUGUUAACCUGCUGGGCGCCUGCACCAAGCCCAAUGGCCCACUCAUGGUUAUUGUUGAGUUCUGUAAAUAUGGAAACCUCUCCAACUACCUGCGGACCAAACGGGAAGGAUUCAGUCCUUACAGGGAGAAAUCACCCAGACUGCGCAUCCAGGUCCGGUCCUUAGUAGAAGCAGUGAGAGCAGACAGAAGGAGUCGCUCUGGUACCAGCGACAGCGCAAUCUUCAACAGGCUUCUGAUGAACAAGAGCCAGACAGCACAGCCUAUACAGGAAGUGGAUGAUUUGUGGCAAAGUCCCUUGACUAUGGAAGACCUAAUCUGCUAUAGCUUCCAGGUGGCACGUGGAAUGGAGUUCCUGGCAUCCAGAAAGUGUAUCCACAGAGAUCUGGCAGCUCGGAACAUCUUGCUGUCAGAGAACAAUGUGGUGAAGAUCUGUGACUUUGGGCUGGCCCGAGACAUCUACAAGGAUCCUGACUAUGUCAGAAAGGGCAGUGCUCGCCUUCCUCUGAAGUGGAUGGCUCCAGAAAGCAUCUUUGACAAGGUCUACACUACCCAGAGUGAUGUCUGGUCCUUUGGAGUCCUCCUCUGGGAGAUAUUUUCACUAGGUGCCUCACCCUACCCUGGAGUGCAGAUCAAUGAGGAGUUCUGCCAGAGACUGAAAGAUGGUACCAGGAUGAGAGCUCCAGAAUACGCAACUGCAGAAAUUUAUCGUAUAAUGCUGAGCUGCUGGCAUGGGGACCCCAAGGAGAGACCAACUUUCUCAGACCUGGUGGAGAUCCUGGGGGACCUUCUUCAGGAAAAUGUCCAGCAGGAGGGGAAGGAUUACAUCCCACUGAAUGACUCUCAGAGCUCUGAAGAUGACGGGUUCUCCCAAGUGCCUUCCUCUGCCCAGCAGAACUCUGAUGAAGAGGAAUUUGACAUGAGGCUACGCUGCCACAGCUUAGCAGCGAGAUACUAUAACUGUGUGUCAUUCCCUGGUUGUUUGACUGGAGGAAAUCAGAUAAGGUGUCCAUCCAGAAUAAAGACAUUUGAAGAGUUUCCCAUGACACACACCACGUAUAAAACACACCCGGACAAUCAAACAGACAGUGGGAUGGUCCUGGCAUCAGAGGAAUUUGAGAGGAUAGAAAACAGACACAGAAAAGAAGGUGGAUUCAGCAGUAAAGGGCCCAGUCAAAAUGCAGAGUUGGCAGUGGAACAGUCGGACCUGAGAGGCAGGUGUCGACCGUUGUAUCAGUCCCAGGUCGGAGGCCAGACUUUUUACAACAGUGAAUAUGGGGAACUGUCAGAACACUCAGAGGAUGGCAGCUACACCCCACCCGGAGAGGGGGCCAGUCCCUCCGCUGUCCAUGCGUCCUUCUUCUCAGAGCAGUAUUAACAGGAACAGGCUGCGGAGACACCAUGCCAAGACACCACCUUCCACCCUUCAUGCUGCAUUGCCACUGCCAUAUGGAGCUUCCCCUCCAACCCAGAACAAACCACAGCAGGAAAUCCCCACAAAACAGAUGGAGAAAGGGAGUGAGAACAUCUCGGAAUUACAGACUGACUCAGGAUGCAGCUUCUGAUCCACUCAGGCACGGGAGAGAACACGUCACUGAUUGGGAUGUUUUGUUUUAUUUGUACGGGUGAGACGGACUAAUUCCACUGGUUAGUGUGCAUCUGUGCUGAGUGCUGCAACCGCCUCUCCACAUCCAACCUCUAUUCAGAUAGGCUUCCACUCAAUAAGCCCCAUUUCAGGUCAGAUAUAAAUAGAUCUGACUAAGUCAAGGUUCUUCCUGAUGUGCAGCCUCAAUUUUUUUUCCUUGGAUUGUUUUUUUUUCUACUCUCUUAGUCUUCAUGACUUCAGCCACUGAGGAGAGGGACAGAACCAAAAGGAAGACUUACGAAGUGGUACCAGCAACAAGAGCAGGACAUUUCCGAGCGGUGGAUGGGAGGAUCCCAGUAGAUUCAGAUAUUCCCCAUAAACAUACCAAUGUAUGUGUAACCCACUAGGCACGAAAGCACUCCCAGCCCCUCAAAACCACUUCAUCCAGUCCCACCAAUAUUCCUUUGUGAUUGAUCCCCAGGCAUUUAGCAUCCCUAGCAAUGGAGACCUGCCUUUAUAUCUAAUCAGAUGGAAUAUUUUUUGCUAUUUUAAGCAACAAGCCCUGAAACUGUUAUCAGCUAAUAGCUAAAGUCACCCCAGUGAGAUAGAGAAAUAUCCACUGUUUUUGUAGACCCUGUGAAAAAGUCAUUUUUAUACACUCUGUGCUGGCAGCAGGUAACUAACCAUCCCUCUCCUCAGCCCUGCUACAGGUUGUUGCUCCAAUUAAAAAGUAAACAAAACAAAGUCAUAUUAAUUUCAGCUGGAUUCUAAACACAACAUUUUUAUUUGCAAUGAGCUGUAAGGGUUUUACAAACAAUGGAGAAUACAAAGCACAAAGAUAAGGUCCCUUUAAUUGCAUCACUUUGUUUGCUGGCGUCACUGUCACUGCAGUGGAAGAGAGAACUCUGCAUUGUGGGUCUGGUAAGUGCUAUUAACUUGGAUAGACUAUAUUGGCUUCAUAUACAUUUGCAUCCACUUUCAGCAGCCAGUGAGCCAUUGCCCCAGCAGGAUCUGCAAAGGGGAGACCACGCCUCAGACAGACUCCUCUUCAGCAUCUAUCACAGCACUUUGCCAGAGUCUCCAGCAUAGUGAACCUGUCUUUCAUUCCAAUGGGCUUUCUUAGCUGCGGGAUCAAGAAGUAUUGGUUUCUACAGAAGCAGCUUCAGUGGCUUUUUUAUGUGAAAUCACAUGAGCUCAGAAGCUGUGGGGACUCUCUGUGCAGAUCAUCUGAACACAUUUCUGUUCUGAUUCUCUGCCAUUCCCCACCUGCUUUUCCUCUCCCUGCCACAGAGUAUCUUCACAAAAGCAUCAGAGGAAUCUUUGUGAAGAGGCUCAUUUGAGCAGCUUGUGAGUUUCCUUUUAGCAUCUCAUCCCACACACCUUUCAGAGGCAGAAGCUCCCUAUAUCUUUGGCGUCCCAGCACCAGAGGAAUUCUGCUUGCAGGCCAGGCUUCUAUGUAUAGAACUAAGGGUUUUGUUUUGACUUUAUUAUUAUUAUUUUUUUUGUAUCAGAUAUAUUUUUCCAGAUUCUAUUUUUCCCCCAUAAGAGGGUUUUGUGCAUUUACAAAGUUAGCACUACCGUUGUCUGUACCUUUCCCACAUUGAGUUGUAUGUCGUGGCUGCACUCAAUAUCUUGUCUGUUUGAUUACAAUUCUCUGCACAAGUGUGGGGCUGUGAGUUUACUUAAGGAAUGGGAAUGUAGGUGGUUUUGUUUUUAAAAUUAUAUAUAGACAUCUGCAAGGCACAAAAUCAGUCCACCAAAAUAUUGUUCUUCCCCUUUGUGUCAGUGGAAUUAUAGUAUGAUGUGCAUAUCAGAGAGCUGGAGGAGAUUCCCCAAAACUCAGACCUCCCUGUGCCUGCUAAUCCCACUGCACCCCAUGGGAAUUCACCCCACAGUUGUCAGCUGCUAGAGUAGCUUUAAGUUGUGGUCAUGACUCAAGUAAGGAACUCUACUGAUGGAGGCUGCUAGGAGAGACACAGAAUCAGUGCAUCCUCUAAGCAGCCCCUUAGCUCUGGGAAGGUUGAUUCUAUGCCAGGCUCACUGUGGCAGAAGCUGGCAUAAACCCAGGCUGAAUUUAGCCCACUCUCUUGAUGCAGCCUUUAGACCCAGCCUUUUUUGUCCUUACUAUAUGCAUCACACCUGCUAGCCUUCAAGGGAGAGGGAUAGCUCAGUGGUUUGAGCAUUGGCCUGCUAAAUCUAGGGUUGUGAGUUCAAUCCUUGAGGGAGCAUUGUGGGGAUUGGUCCUGCUUUGAGCAGGGGGUUGGACUAGAUGAUCUCCUGAGGUCCCUUCCAACCCUAAUAAUCUAUGAUGCUCUAUAGAAAAGAGUUCACCUGGAAAUACACUUCAGCUGCAAAAAAGCACUAAAAAAUAUUUACAAAUAAAACACCGCUCUACAAAAGGCCUUCUCAAUCCAAUGGUUGAAAAUGUACCAGCAAACCCCACAUUUAACAGGGUCCCAGCACAGUUUCCCAGAGCAGUGUGUCCAGGGCUUUUUGAAAUAGCUUGAUUAUCAUCACAAGUAAUGUGCUUCUGUAUUCAGAAUAGAGUGGAUGGGCAUUCCAUAUACAUGUGCACAAGCAUCAGUCUAUGGAAAAGUUAUUGCACUAAAAUCCAUUGUUUAAAGGCAGCCUGGGUGAGUCCAUCUGCAGGUCAAGGGCAAGGAGCUAGCAUGACAUUUUAUUUUUAAUGUUGCAAUCGUACUUCAGCAGAGAUUUGCUUUGCUUCCUAUAUUUUGUAUCCUAUUUUAGGGUGGAGGGGCAGGAGGGACUGGGGAAUCAAAUCCUAUUAUAUUUGCAACAACAUUAAUACAUGCAUAACAUACACAUAAUAUGAGUAAAACUGUCUACUCUGCAGACACUCCCUCUGAUGUAGUAUCAAUGUAAUGUGUGACCAUGCACAGUUGUAUAGACACUUGUAUUUUCAGUCAUUUAAAAGCACACUAUCAAGAUUAAAAUGAUAGUGGAAAAAGUUGACAUUCUUUCCUAUGUUAUUGCCACCAUUCAUGAUUAUUAAAAUUGACAGUUUUAAAAAUCAAUGUUUUCAUCAUUUCUGCCAUUUUUUUACAUUCUGCAACGUAGGUUGAGCAAUGAAAUGAGGUUGAUCUGUUUCAUUUUUGGUUCUGAUGCACUAGCCCCAUGCUGCAAUGUUUGAACUUCCACAAUUCCAGUAGACAAUUUCAACUUUUAAAACCCCUGGUUUAAUUUCUGUACCUAUUAGGUUUAGCAGCACCCUCACUCUUUUUAUUUUUAAUUGAACCUAAUUUUUGAGGCUGAGAGAUUUGUUGUUAUGCCAUAAAAAAUGACCAAUAUACUUACUGCUGGUUUCAUUUUCUUUACCACUCAUUAGUUAUUACAGAUCAUUGCUCGCUCAUGAAAAUAAAGUGUUUGACACAGAGCACUGGCAUGUAUUCUCCACUUGCUCGUAUGUAUGCACAUCCCCAGUCAAAACCAUUGUCAUACAUGUGAAUCAAGUCAUGCUUCCUUUACAUGCCAGUAUUUUAAGCUGGUACCAGUUGUUGCCACAGCAGCAUUGAACGUUUUGGUGAAGUGGCCUUUGAUGCAAGUAGGAUAGUAAGGGUUGCAUGUGAAUGGAUAAGUGUGUUUGAGUGUAAAUGUAAGUGGAUGUGUGUGUGUGUGUGUGUGUGUGUGUGUGUGUGUGUGUGUGUGUGUUACACAGGAGUGUUUGUGGGUUUUUUAAUCACUUUAUGUGAGUCCUGUCUCUGACAGUUCACAGUUAUAUAUCAAAACAGUUAGAACACUGAUUUUUCCCCCUCUCCUCCUAUAGUACUUGUUAAACUUUGUCAUUAAGAGUUUUGUUGUAAUA